CCAAUGCCACCGCCGGCCAAAACCCUCCCAACCAGGCCUACGGGCUCUUCCUCUGCCGUGGCGACCUUGACACCGCCACGUGCAGCGACUGCAUGGCCACUGGAAAACAGGAAAUCCUCCAAAGAUGCCCGAACCAGCGAGUAUCCAUAAUCUGGUAUGACCAGUGCAUGUUGCGGUACUCGAGCGAGUCCAUCUUCUCUGCCAUGGAGCAAUCACCGAAUCAGAUUUUGUGCAACAGUGGGAACGUCACAGAUAAAACCCGGUUCAUGCAGCUCUUGGGAGAAACCCUGACCAACCUCACUACGAGGGCUUCAGCUGGCGGGUCAAUGAUGAAGGUCGCUGCAGCGGAGGUGAACUUUACGAGCUUGCAGAAGCUGUAUGCACUCGUGCAGUGCACGCCGGACUUGACCGUGUCAGACUGCAGCACGUGCCUCCAGUUCGGGAUCGGUAAUGUGGUUCAGGGGAAGCAAGGCGGGAGGGUGCUCACUCCGAGCUGCAACGUGAGGUACGAGGUCUACCCCUUUUAUAACACCUCGGCCUUGCCAGUGCCGGCGGAACUCCUCUUGCCGCCGCCUCCCCCCACCGUCCGCAUACAUGAAAUUACAAAUGCCGAGUCUUUGCAGUACGAUUUGGCCACCAUACAAGCCGCCACAGACAAUUUCUCGCAUCAAAACAAGUUGGGUGAGGGCAGAUUUGGUAAAGCUUUUCAGGGUACGCUUCCUAAUGGACAACUAAUAGCCGUGAAGAGACUAUCUCGAAGCUCAAGACAAGGUGCUGAAGAAUUUAAGAACGAAAUGAUACUGGUAGCGAAACUUCAGCAUCGAAACCUCGUUCGGCUGCUCGGGUUUUGCUUGGAGGGUGAAGAAAAACUGUUUGUUUAUGAGUUUGUGCCAAACAAAAGUCUCGACUACUUUUUAUUUGAUCCUAAAAAGAGUAGGCAAUUAGAUUGGCCAAUACGUUACAAAAUUGUAUUUGGGAUUGCUCGAGGAAUGCUCUAUUUACACGAGGAUUCUCGACUUAGGAUCAUUCAUCGGGAUCUAAAAUCAAGCAAUAUCUUAUUGGACAGUGAAAUGAACACGAAGAUUUCAGAUUUUGGCAUGGCAAGGAUUUUCAGAGUUGAUCAAACACAAGCAAACACCAGUAAAAUUGUUGGGACUUUUGAUUACAUGUCACCAGAGUAUGCAAUGCAUGGGCAAUUCUCUGUGAAGUCUGAUGUCUAUAGUUUUGGCAUCCUACUUCUAGAGCUCAUUAGUAGCAAGAAGAAUAGUUUCUCCUACCAAGCAAACGGCGGCGAAGAUCUUGGUUUACUAUGUGUUCAGGAAGAUCCAUUUGAUAGACCGUCAAUGGCAAACAUAGUCCUGAUGUUGAGCAGCAACUCUGUUACACUUACACUGCCCCAACAACCAGCCUUCUUCCUCCGGAGCAGGACUAAGAGGUCAAUGAAAGAGCUCGAAUUGAACCAAUCCACCAAUAGGUCUUUGGCAUUGUCGACCAAUGAGAUAUCGAUCACCGAAGUUCACCCUCGGUGA